AAAAUUUAAAAACAGAGAGAAUAUCAGAAAAGGAAGAAGAAAAAUGCAGCAGGGUUGAAAAACCCUAACGAGCGGGAUUUGGGCGUCAAAUUUCUUAACUUUGAAACGUUACAUCCAAAAGCAAGCAGAGCAUAGUGCUUGGCAUGGUGCGUAAUCUGGAGAAUGAGCCUGAGGGCUACAGAGCAUAGUGCUUGGCAUCACCAGUUCUUUUCCGGAACUUGUUAAUUCUGCAUUCUGAGCCCCAGAAUUCAUAAUCCCAGAUGAACAAAAGGCUAAUCUCACUCUCAUUCUAUCUGAGAAGCUCGGUCCAGCUUCACAGGACUCCUCUCUACCACUCAAUCUCUAUCUUGUUUUACUCUUCCUCCAAACCCAAAAGGUCAAAGUUUAACUUUGUCUCCAAAGACAGAAGGUCAAAAUCAACGCCCAAAGUAGCAGUAGCUGAAUAUUUAAUCAACCAGCACCAGUUUUCCCCAGAAGCUGCUUUGAAAGCCUCAUCAUCCAUCGCUUUUCUUAAAAAUACCGCAGAGGCGGAUUCGGUGCUUUCAUUCCUAAAAGAAAGCGGCUUCUCCAAAACCCAGCUAGAGGAAGUGGUUAAAAGGAUCCCGAGGAUACUUCGUGCCAAUCUUGAUACGGCCAUCAAACCCAAAAUCAAGAUUUUCCAAGACUCUGGCUUUUCAGACUCUGACAUUGCGGAUGUUAUAUCCUCUGACCCCUGGAUUUUACGGCGGAGUGCCGAUAAUCGGCUUGGUCCUGCUAUUUUAGCAUUGAAGAACAUUCUGGGCUCCAAUGCUGGUGUGCUUAAGGUUUUAAAGUUAUCUGGUUGGUAUCUCAAAUAUGACUUGGAGAAGACAAUGAUUCCCAAUAUUGAGGUUUUGAAGAGUUUGGGUAUAAGUUCGUCGCAGAUUGUCAAAUACAUUUGUCAUUUUCCCAGAUUUUAUCUGCAUACGCAGGAGAGCAUUAUGGAUUUUGUUAGAAGGGUUGAUGAAAUGGGUUUCGAUAGGAAGUCCAAGAUGUUCCUAUCAGCAAUUCGGACCAUUAGUUCGAUGAGUUUGGAGACCUGGGAAAUGAAGAUGAAGCUUUUCCAGAGUUUGGGAUUUUCAGAAAAGGGGGUCUUGACGGCGUUUAGCAGGGCUCCCCAGGUGUUUUGUAUAUCUGAGAAGAAGAUUAAGGAGGUAACAGAGAUGCUGCUCAGCUCUGGCAAGGCUGAUAUCGCAUUUAUAGUUAGUCACCCAGAGUUGCUUAUUUGUAGCGUUGAGCACAGGCUGAAACCACGACUACAAGUUAUGGAGAACCUAGAAAAGAAAAAUCUACUUAGGAAAAUACCUAGUUUGAGCACAAUCUGCAAGUACACUGAUCAGAAGUUUGCUGAAAGAUUUGUCAUUCCUUAUGCAAAUGAACUUGAGGUCUAACAUGACCAGUGAAGAGCCAUGCUAAUGCGAUUUGAAUAUUUUUAGCUGGCACUGGCAUUUGAUGAUGCUUGUAACUUGCAGGAAGAGUUUUUUUUUUUUUCCGGAAGAGCAUGGAAAAGGAAAUAGAAAGGUCAUGAUUGUUUUUGAGGAAUUUUCUUUUGAGCACUCGUGUUUCCUUCUAAUAGUCUUUGUAAGAAAGUUGUAACACUCAGAUUAUUGUUAUUGUGGAUCUGGUUAUACCUUCUCCAUUUAUUAA